AUGUUCUGCCACGUGUUCCAAUUACAUCAAACUUUUAAGAAGACUUCAUCUGGUUCCACUUCUAUGAAUUUGAUUCAGUUUGCUUUGUUUACAAGAAAAAUUAAAUCUACCGCGGUCGGUGAUUUUGGCUGUCUGUGUCUAUGCCAGCAGCACUGGGAGCAAGAUGUUAAUUGUUUACAUCGAGAGAUCAGGGCGAGUGAUGAUGUAAAAAAUGAUAAUUACAUGAAAAUUGCUUUAAAAUUGGACUUGGCGCCUUCAAGCUCAACAAGGUCUAAAGAGUUGUUCUGA